CUUGUGCAAAAUGGUCACCACAUGUACUGCAUCUGUUUAUUCUGGAUUGCCAAGCAUCAAAUACCUGUUGAAUAUUCAUGAACCCUGAGAAUAUUCACCAUGAACAAGGAUGUAGACUCUCUCGCACUACGCAAGACAGAACUGGAGGGGAAAGUGGAUUUGCUGAGACGGGAAUUUGAAUUCCGCAGAUGUGUUUAUUUGGAGGAAUUAGCACAGUUGGAUGGCCAUGUCUGUGACACAAAUAUCCUCUUGCAAAUGGACAACAAUCGAGGCUUGGAUGUUGACUGCAUCAUCAGAAAUGUUGAGGCCUGGUAUCAGAGCAUCGCCCAGAGGAGCAAAGAAGAAGUCAAUGCUUUGUAUGAAAACAGGUUCCAAGAGCUCCAGGAGCAAAGAGGGAAAUACUCAGACAAUCUGAAGAUAAACCAGCACGAGAUUGCAGAUCUGACCAGGCUGGUCAAUAAGUUGCAGUCUGAGAAUGAUGCCAUUAAAAAGCAGGUUGAUAUUUUGCAAUCAGCCAUUUGUGAUGUUGAGCACCGUGGAGAUGGUGCUCUUAAGGAUGCUCGAGAUAAGCACAUUGAGCUGCAGACAGCCCUGCAGAAGGCCAAGGAUGACCUAGCUGGCUUGCUGAGGGACUACCAUGAACUUCUGAACACCAAGUUGGCUCUGGAUAUUGAGAUUGCUACAUAUAAGACACUCCUGGAAGGGGAGGAGUACAGGAUAGUCAGAGGAAAUCCUGUUGCUAUAGAUGUUUUCAAGCCACCCUACACAGAGGGCUCUGCUGGAUUUACUUCUUCAGGUGCACAUGGUCCUACAGGAGGUGGAUACGGUGGAGGACACAGUGAAGGACAUCGUGGAGGUUAUAGUGCAGGAGGCCAUGGGAGCUACAAAAGGAGCUCCAGAAGUGUUGGAAACCACCCAAGGACUGUAGAUAGUCAUGUAGAUGCAGGACAUGCCUCUGCAGAUGCAGAACUCUACUCAGGAACACAAUACAGCUCCCAGAAUGUGUCUCAAUCUGCUUGUAAACCAAGUUCUCCUGUAGGCGUUGACAGUCCCACAACAGGAGGAAGAGCUGGCAUAGGGGUAGACUGUGGCCCAGGUGCAGGUUUUAGCUCAGGAAGUGCACAAGCAUCAGCCAGCAAGGGGCAUGCCACUGGGAGUAUAGGAGGAGGUUGCCCAGAUGGAGGCUACCUGUCUGGGGGUUAUGGACCACCUGGUGUCAUCCCAUUUGGAGCUGGAUUUGGACAUAGGAUUGCAGGUGGCCUGGGAGUUGUGGGUUGCCAGCCUGGAGUAGGUGGCCCAUCUAUAGGAGGUUUUGGCUUUGGGGGGGAACCCUGUGUAGGAGUAGGUGCCCCUGUUGGUGUGUGUAUUCCCAGAGCCAUAGGUGCUCCUAUAGGUGUGUGUUGUCCUGGAGCUAUAGGUGCUCCUGUAGGUGUGUGUUAUCCUGGACCAGUAGGUGCCCACGUUGGAGUGUGUUAUCCUGGAGCAGUAGGUCCUUUCAGAAAUACUGCGAUUUAACAUGAUUCAUAUAAACUCCUCAUUUUUUGGAUCAAGUCGUUUUCAAUCUGCAAGCACUACCUGAAGCAGUGAUCAGGGCCCCUGCCAGUGCUAUAGGAUUUCGUGACACAUGAAAUCUUUUAAACGACAUUCCUCCUUUCCUUGGGCCGUUCUGUAGUUGCACUCUAAUGAACCCACUUCUUCCUUAAAGUAAGGUGUCUGCUGCUGCGUCACAUAUACUUCCCCCACCUUUUCUUCCUUUUUUAUUUUUGACACUGACAUCUUCAUGAAACAUACCCUCAAUAAAAUCAAUCAUAUAUUUUUUUUGUUUUAUUCGAAAGUACAGGUGAAACUCGGAAAAUUAGA